CCCGCCAUUAAACCUGCGAGGACCAGGAGGAGGAAGAAGCACUAGAAGAAGAAGCCGCAGAAGUUCCGCCUGCUCCGCAGCUGCAGCAUCGGAUCCGAGCCAGAACCCGAAGAAUACCCAGGUUCGUGAAGAUUUAAACCCGCCAGCCGCGCAGAGUUGCGCCGUGGACCGUGUGCGUGGCCUCUCUCCCCCCGCUCAGAGCCCCUCGCUGCCGGUUCCAAGGCUCCAGGCCUCCCGCCCUCGCGGCUCUACCUCGCGUUCCUCGCGGCCAUGAGCUACGGAAGGCCUCCGCCGGACGUCGACGGCAUGACUUCGCUCAAAGUGGACAACCUGACGUACCGCACGUCCCCGGAGACCCUGCGCCGGGUGUUCGAGAAGUACGGCCGGGUGGGCGACGUGUACAUCCCGCGGGACCGCUACACAAAGGAGAGCCGCGGCUUCGCCUUCGUGCGGUUCCACGACAAACGCGACGCCGAGGACGCGAUGGACGCCAGCGGAGCCCUGCUGGACGGCCGCGAGCUGCGGGUGCAGAUGGCCCGGUACGGAAGACCCCCGGACUCCCACAACGGAAGGGAGGUGGCGGGCGGUGGUCGUGAUGGAGGAGGAGGUGGUCGCGAUGGAGGCGGUGGAGGAGGAGGAGGACGGCGAGGAGGAGCACCCCGGAGGAGCGGAGGCUAUGGCCGCCGCAGCAGAAGCCCGAGACACAAGAGACGCAGCAGGUCCCGCAGCAGGAGCCGCUCUCGUUCCCGCAGCCGGUCCCGCUCCAGCAGAUCCCGCUCCUACUCCAGAUCCAAGUCCCACUCUCCCAGGACCAAGGCUCCCAAGGCCAAGUCCCACUCUCGCUCCAGAUCAAAAUCCAAGUCAAAGUCCAGGUCCAGAAGCCAUACCCCUGCCUCCAAAAGAGAGUCCAAGUCUAGGUCCAGGUCUAAAAGCCCGCCCAAGGCCGCACCAGAGAAUGGAGGUGAAACCCCGUAGAGCUCUGCAGAUCAGCAGCAGGUGAUGACAUCAGAACUUCUUAGACAGGAUCCCACACGAGCCACGUGUACGGCUGUUAAAGGUUAUUACUGUGUUAUCCGUGCUUUGUUCUCAUUUAUUUAGCUUCAGUACAGCUUCUUUUUUUUCAUGUCAUCAAUGUGCUGUGAUUUUUUUUAUUUCUUUUUCAUAACGAUUUAUCAUUUAUAAAAAGGGGUGGGGGUCGUGUUCAGACAUCACUUUCAGAUGGUUCACUAGAUACUUGGAAGCGUCCUCUCUGCAUCCUGUACCAUGGAGUGAGUUCUGCAGAGUGUCGCUUGCUUUUGAGUUCUUCAUAGCAAACGUUCAUUUUGUAGAAAUGUUCACCGGGGGCGACUUGCUGUUUUAUGCUAGCUUCUCUGAAAUCUCACUCUGUGAUACAGGCGUCAACAUAACGAGACAUAAACACCAGGGCCUCACUUAAAAACAUUGCUCCUAAAUUUUCCUUUUCGGUUUAGAAUCAAAAAGAAUUCCAAAGUGACCCUAAUCUUAGUAGAUGUGAGGAAAAGCCUUUAGCUUCCCUUACUUCAUCCACACACACCAGUUAACUCGUUAAAUUGAAGUAAUCCGUCAUUAAACAACACAAAUGCUUCCUUCCUUCGGUUGCUGCCGCUCAGGUUGUUGUCUGUGUAGUCAGGACAGUUGUUCAUUCUAACUCAAGUUAAAUAUAAUCACAUGUGAAGUUCAGUAAGUUGAGUGCAACUUUCCAGUGUGGGUAAAGGUCAGCAAUGUGUAGAAUGUGUCAUGUCCGAUUUUAAGGUAAAACUCUUGUCGUCGAGUCAUUUUAUUUUAAAGGAUAUAAUUUGCUGCACUCUUAGACACUGUUAUGUUCAUCUUUUCUUUUUAAUUUCUGAUCCUAAUCCUGCCUGUAUGUGUUUUUGUGCACUAGGCGCAGUUGUGUAGCAGUUGAAUAUUGCUGGUUAGCUGUUAAGGUGGCGUGUUGCUCUGCUGAGUGCUUGGAUGUAUCCAGUAUUCUCCAGAAAGCUCCUGUGACUACCAGUGGUACGGUUGCUACAGUCUCAUGCUCUGUACCAUGACAUGUUUAUUUCCCAUGUGAUCCAAAAAUGAGACCUUCAAUAAAGAAUUAUUUGGUAUUUUU